AUGGCCCACCUGACUAUUCGAAAUGUCACCACCAAACCAAUUGAGCUCAUUGGGAUUGAGAGGUUCGAAGUCGAUCGUGUCAGGACAAGCAAUGUACUCUCUCACAUGUCUAGAAACAUAACUGGCUUCAUCAGAGUUACUGAGUAUGGUAGCCACCAAACCCAUGCCAAAGGUGAUGCAAUUCACCAGGAGUCGGUGUCUGUCCAGGUCGAACCUUUCAAGACAAAGGAUUAUGGAAUCCGAGCUGCCGAUAAGAAUAAAGAGGUUGUUCGCCUUACCUUCAAGUAUGAAGGUCACAAAUACGAAGUCGAUAUCCCGAGCCCCUCAAGCAAAUCCUCGGUCAUGAAGAACCUUGACGGCGGCAACCACGAUCUCACUGUUGUCUACACCCCUAACGGUGCUUUUCUCGCCAUUUUUUCAUCCGCUCGGCUCAAUCGCUGGAUGGAGGAGCUUCACAACGACUGGCCACUCACUUUACUCUCCAUACCUGGCACACAUAACUCGCCAACCUGCUAUGCCGCUCUACCUUCUGUACGAUGCCAAGCGGUGGGCAUCUUGGAGCAACUUCGCAACGGCGUCCGCUUCUUGGAUAUUCGGGUCUCCGUUAGCCACAACGAUGACAAACUUGCUCUUGUACACAGCGUGUUCCCGAUUUCUAUGACUGGCACCAAAUACUUCAAAGACAUGCUCGACGAUAUCUAUAAAUUCCUCGAUGAAAAUACAAGCGAAACCGUUGUCAUGAGUAUCAAGCGCGAGGGAACAGGCAGGGGAAACGACGAGCAACUCGGCAAGUACCUUAAGCACAGCUAUGUCGACAAGAGACGUAGCCGCUGGUGGACCGAGCCCAAAAUUCCUACUUUGGGCGGCGCUCGAGGUCGCAUUAUUAUCGUCCGUCGAUUCAACAUAAGCGACGAGAUGAAGGAGUCCUGCUGGAAUGGUCGGGGUUGGGGUAUUGAUGCAGGUGCUUGGCCUGACAACUGCGAAGACGGAGAGGUUCCCGGAGGCUUGAUCCGCGUCCAAGACUUCUACACAGUCACCGAGAGCAACAACAUCGAGAAAAAAAUCGAUUACUGUCGCCGCCAGCUCGAACGCGCUGCUGAGCAGACCUUUUCCCUGGCUGGCAUGGCGGACCACAAAGAGGGUGCAUGUCUGCCACCCUUCUUCGUCAACUUCUUGACAGCGAGCAAUUUCUUCAAUGCCACCUGCUGGCCGGAGCGCAUUGCUGCCAAGGUCAACCCUUCUGUCAUUGAGUACCUUUGCACGUCCCACGGUGAGGAUGGCAAGGGCCCCAACAAGCUCAAGAUCGGAUCAGCAAGUACUGGCGUCGUCGUUACUGACUGGGUGGGACACAAAGAUGAUUGGGACCUCAUUCGUUGCAUUGUCGGAAUGAAUGCACGAUUGCAACACAAGAUACAAGCUUAG